AUGGGAGCGUGCUGUAGCUGUCUCAAGGACUCUUCAGAUGAGGCUAGCGUUUUGCCUAUCGCAGAUAAUGAACGAGAAGCAGUUACUCUUUUGUUGGGGUACUUGGAGGAUAAGGAUCGGUUUGAUUUCUACUCUGGGAAACCUUUGAAGGCGUUGACAACUUUGGUGUAUUCGGAUAAUUUGAAUUUGCAAAGAAGUGCUGCGUUGGCAUUCGCAGAGAUUACUGAGAAAUACGUUCGCCCGGUUUCUCGAGAGGUUCUGGAACCCAUCUUGAUACUAUUGCAAAGCCAAGACCCUCAAAUUCAGGUUGCAGCGUGUGCUGCAUUGGGCAAUUUGGCGGUCAAUAACGAUAACAAGUUACUGAUUGUGGAGAUGGGUGGUUUGGAGCCUCUGAUAAGCCAGAUGAUGGGGAACAACGUGGAAGUUCAAUGCAAUGCUGUUGGAUGUAUCACGAAUUUGGCCACACAGGAUGAUAACAAGCAUAAGAUUGCGACUUCGGGAGCGUUGGUACCUCUGACGCGAUUGGCUAAGUCCAAGCACAUAAGGGUACAAAGAAACGCCACUGGGGCGCUUCUGAAUAUGACUCAUUCAGAGGACAAUAGAAGAGAGCUGGUCAAUGCUGGCUCCGUGCCAGUCUUGGUUUCUUUACUUUCUUCGCCGGACCCUGAUGUUCAGUAUUAUUGUACCACUGCUUUAUCCAAUAUCGCGGUAGAUGAGUCGAAUAGAAAGAAGUUGGCUCAAACGGAACCACGUCUGGUGUCCAAACUGGUAGCAUUGAUGGAUUCUACUUCUUCUAGAGUCAAGUGUCAGGCCACACUAGCACUGAGAAACCUGGCUUCAGAUACCAGUUAUCAGUUGGAAAUAGUAAGAGCUGGUGGUCUACCACAUUUGGUCAAACUCAUCCAGAGCAGUUCGAUGCCAUUAGUGCUGGCAAGCGUGGCUUGUAUUAGGAAUAUAUCUAUUCAUCCAUUGAAUGAGGGGCUGAUAGUUGAUGCUGGGUUUUUGAAGCCUCUAGUGAAACUGCUGGAUUUCAAAGAAUCCGAAGAGAUUCAAUGUCAUGCAGUGUCAACUUUGAGAAACCUAGCCGCAUCGUCAGAAAGAAACCGUAAGGAGUUCUUCGAGAGUGGCGCUGUUGAGAAAUGCAAAGAACUCGCAUUGGACUCACCGGUUAGCGUACAAAGUGAAAUUUCCGCAUGUUUUGCAAUUCUUGCUCUAGCAGAUGUUUCCAAGCUGGAUCUCUUGGAUGCAAACAUUCUAGAUGCAUUAAUUCCAAUGACUUUUUCUAGCGAUCAAGAAGUAUCAGGAAAUGCUGCUGCUGCUUUGGCUAAUCUUUGCUCUAGAAUCAACAACUACUCGAGAAUUAUAGACGCGUGGGAAACGCCCAAGGAUGGUAUCCGUGGAUUUUUGAUAAGAUUUUUGCACAGUGAUUAUGCAACGUUCGAGCACAUUGCUCUUUGGACCAUAUUACAAUUGCUAGAAAGCCACAACGAUAAGGUGGCAGAAUUAGUCAAGAAAGAUUCAGAAAUUAUUGGUGGUGUUAAAAGAAUGGCAGACAUAACAUUUAAUCGCUUGCAAAGAGUACCACCAGGUUCAAAGAACAAUGAAAUCGACCUAAGCAACUCCAAGUCAUCUGAACCUGCCGAAGAUGCCAGCGUCGAACUGUACAAUAUCACUCAACAAAUCCUUCAGUUUUUGAAUUAA